UCGGAGCGCAACAACAUCCCGUUAUAGUCGCGGUUCGUAUCAUCAACUCUCGCAUUCCCGCUGGUUACGUGUUUAUAAAACGAGUUUAUAAAACUUUGAAAAGUAAAAAAAGUGAAUGAUGAAUUUUUAUUUCAUGCUGAAGUGAGGUUAAUUAGUGUAUCCAUGAAUAUUAUGUGCAGAAGUUUAACAAAUUAAAAUUUGGACAUAUUUUGGAAAAUAUCAGGAAGUCGGAAAACCGGAAAUAAUGUGUCACAUUUAUAAGAGGGAGUGGUUGUGAGUGGAGACAUACUUGUAGCUGCAUUUGGGACAAAACAGGACAUCGUCCAGGUCCUUCAGCAAUGCAUUACGCGAGUUAUCUACUUGUCGUCAAUCUGGUCGCAUUCGUCUCAACAGAUAAUUUAGCACUGCUGUCGGGGACAUUAAGGACCUUUCAGCAGGCCGGAUGCGACGACGAUCUGGUGACUUUGAAAUGUCCUCCAGGGACGAGUAUAUCCGUGGAAUUGGCGCAAUAUGGCAAGGCGUCACCUGAGAAACAACUUUGUCCGACUAAAUCUGCACAUAGUCCUGAUGCCUCCAAGGAUACUAAUACUUCCUGUUUAUGGCCAUCACCAUUACAGAAUAAAUGGGAGGAGAUGACGCAGGGCACAUGGGGACGAUAUUCACUGUUGCAGACCGUCGUCGAGGCGUGCCAGAAGAAAAGCAGCUGCAAGUUCCAGGCGUCGCCGAGGACCUUCGAAGGGGAUCCUUGCCCGGGCGAGCGGAAGUACGUCGAGGUGGCGUACAAGUGUCGGCCGUACGAGUUCCGGAGUCGGGUGGCGUGCGAAAACGAGCGCAUUCAACUGCAGUGUAACCCCAAUUCCAGGGUGGCUAUCUAUAGCGCUAGUUACGGUCGGACUGAGUAUGAGAGCUUUCAGUGUCCACAACCACAAGGUGUUGCUGAAGAAACUUGUCUUGUGAGUUAUGCAACUGAAACAGUAAUGCAGAUCUGUCAUGGAAAACGAUCUUGUGAGUUUUCUGCUGAUGCGAGCACUUUUGGUAAUCCAUGUAAACCUUUAACCAGGAUGUAUCUCAGAAUAGUCUACACAUGUGCUUUGUUUCUUAUUUUUAAAGUCCCAAGAAAAGUCCUCAAUAAACAAUAUGAAGGCCGUUUAGCCGAGGAUGAAGUAGACAUGGAUCUCAACUUUAACUACGAUGAAGACUUUGACGGUUACGAUGCCAACAACGCCCACAUUCGGGAAUCUGCUGCAUCGCCUGCAUCCAACUUGGGCGCGCACUCAAAGGACUCUAAUCAAAAUCAAAACACCACCAAGGAGCAGAUUAAGUUUCCCAUGUUGACUAAAACUGAUACUCUUGAUGAUGAACCAGUGAAUCAAGAGCAUUUUUAUUUCUACAUAAUCCUUGGAAUAGGAUCAGGAUUAUUCCUGUGUUUUGUCAUCCUGAUGAGUCAUUGUAUCAUACAAUACUCCAGGAGAAACCAGGCGAAGUUUGCUGUCAACAUGACGGACAUUUCCGUAACGAAUGAUUUCGUUGACAAUAUCAGUGAAGUGGAUGAUGUUGACCUGCGUACUCCUCUACCAGGAAUGACAGUACCAACGGUGACGAUACACUCGCCAACGAGUCCAUGCCCAACAUCAAUCGCCAUGAUGCAUGUUACGCAAGCGUCUCAAACCGGAAGUGUGUAUUAUUAUGGAUGACCAGAGUGCCCGGGCGGCGGACGGUCGCCGGCGAUGUCCCCCAGGUGUCCGGGCCAACGCACCUACUGUUUCUAAUCAGCAGGAAACAAUUGAACGCAAGAAAUAAAUCAAAACACAUGUAAUACUUUUUAUUGCAAAUGAAAAACACUCUGUAUAUAAAUGGUCUGUUGAGGUGGGUGGUUGUUAUUGAAUGUGUGUGUAAAUG